AUGACUCCUUUUUCUGGGAGGUGUGGUUUCACUCAGUAUGUUCUUUCUAAGCCUAAUCCACUGGGGUUAAAAAAUUUUAUUCUUGCUUCUAAUGACGGACUGCUCUGGGAUUUCUGUAUUUAUGUUGGGAAGGGUAAUGUACCAGAAGAUGAUCUGAAGACCCUGGGAUUGGUCGGAGCUGUUGUAAAACUAUUGUCAUUAACUCUCCCUCAAGAUGGCUCUCAUGUAAUUUACACAGAUAGAUUCUUUACAAGUGUUACAAGUGCAGAAAUGUUGUUGGAGAAGAGCAUUUUCCUGACAGGAACAGUUAUGAGAACUAGAAUUGCUCCAGCUGCUUCAAAACUGAGCGAUGAUAAGUGCCUAAAAAGAGGUGAAUGGUGUGAGAUUGUAAGGGAAAAUGGUAAACUUUGUGUUGUCAAAUGGAAAGACUAUAAAUGUGUGACAUUACUUUCCUCUUGCACUGGUAGCAAUCCUGUGGGCACAUGUAAAAGAUGCUCCAAGAAAGAUGGGCAGAAGAUUGAUGUCCCCUGCCCAGCUGUAGUACAAGCACACCAUCAAAUGAUUGGAGAUUUGAAUAAAAAGGAUCAGAUAUCUUUGAUUGCUUUUCGACUACAUCUAGCCAUGUCACUUAUGAAAUCUCAGGAACUGUGUAAUAUCAGUAAGCAGCCACUGACAACACGUAGUGAAAUUGAUGAAGAAAGUUCCACAGAUGAGGAACAGUUUACACCAAUGCCAAAAUACAGGAAAGUUGUAAGUCAACCCAUUCGUGAAGUAAGGUAUGAUCAAGUAGGGCAUUAUCCUGUAUAG